ACUGGCAGCUGAUAUAAAUAAUUAAUCAUUUUAAUUAAAAAUAAUUUUCCUUUAGAGAUAAUUUGCUACAGGCCUAAAAAACACCCAUACACAAUAUCAUCUUUAAAUCUAAUUUUUUAUCGUUUUGUUGUCAGAUUCAUCCCAAAUGAAGAAAUUAGUAUUCAGAUCAUAGAAACAUCUGCACUGAUGACAUAUGAGGGUCUGUCAACAAAAAAGGCCCAGCCCAUCUAAAGAUCUAUAAAAACAGCACAAAGGGAGGAGAGUUAGGAUGUUCUCUCCAUUUGCCUUGAGGUACAUCACAAUCUGCACCUUCUGACUUUGAGGUUUUUUAUGGCUUAUUUUUGCUGUCAAGAUGAACUUAACCGAAAACAGCAAUUUGAGCAGCACAUUUAAUUUGAAAGCAAUUAACGAGAAGCCUUUGGUGGUGCAGGUACUGGUGGGGAUUCUUCUCUAUGUGAACGGACUGAUGAUUUUCACCUUUUUGAAGAAAGAGACCUUCAGGGAAACACGCUACAUUCUUUUUGCUCAGACUCUUUUUGUUGACUCUGCUCUUAUGCUGUUGACUGAUUUAACCCUCAUGGGGUCAUUUUACCAGUACCCUGUGCAUAUAAUUCCUUGUUAUAUCUUCUGCACACUUAUGUUUUUGCUCUAUGUUUGUUCACCUAUGACUCUUGUAGCCAUGUGUUUGGAGCGCUACGUAGCCAUAUGUAUGCCUUUAAGACAUUCCAGCAUCUCCACCCCUAAAAACACCUUAAUUGGGCUUCUUGUGAUAUGGAGUGUCAGUUUUAUCAUCCCAUUGUUUGUUUUAAUAGCCUCUUUUGCUUAUAUUCCUCCUGGUGUCUUUCAUCAAUAUGUUGUGUGUAGUGUGGAGAUCAUGUUACAGGUAAAAUGGCUGGCAGACAUGAGAGCGACAAGUCUGCAGCUCUUAUUCAUCAUGAUGCUGUGUGUUAUUGUCUCCACCUACAUCAAGAUUAUGUUGGCGGCCAGAUCUGCCUGCUCUGAGAGGAAGAACUCCACAAAUAAGGGUCUCAAAACUGUUAUUCUCCAUGGUGUUCAGCUGCUUCUGUCUAUGAUGCAGCUUAUAACCCCUUAUAUAGAAAUGCCUUUAUGGAAAGUAGAUUUCAUGCUAUUUGUGAAUGUAAGAUACUCAAAUUUCAUUUUGUUUUUGAUCUUGCCUCGUUGUUUGAGUCCCUUAGUUUAUGGGUUACGAGACAAAAAGUUUUAUAAUGCUCUUAAAUAUUAUGCUUUUUGUGGCAUUUUGGUUUGUAAUAAGUACAAAAUAAGAAAUGGUAAACCUUUAGAGGCGUAGUAAGC